GUAAACUCAUUACUGCUCAGUCCAUCACUGGAGCAUGGUGCAGAGAUGUGCAAGACUGCAGGCUGCUGCCAGGGCUGUUUGCACUAUGCGUUUGAUUAUGAAACGCCCAAAACACUGGUUAUUCCAAACAUUCGUGUAGGAUGUGUCUUCAGGUUCACCCAGCUGCUGGUGGUACUAUAUGUGGUGGGGUAUGUGUGUGUGGUGCAGAAGGCCUAUCAGGAGACAGACUCCCUCAUCAGCACUGUCACCACCAAGGUGAAAGGUUUUGCCUUCACUAACACAUCUGACAUUGGACCACAUUUAUGGGAUGUGGCUGAAUAUGUAAUCCCCCCUCAGGGUGAUAAUUCAUUUUUCGUGCUGACAAACAUGGUUGUCACCCCUGAACAGACUGAGUCACGCUGUCCUGAGUUACCAAACCCAUUAACCACUUGUGUGGAUGACUGUGACUGUAUUGAGGGACACAGUGAUCCUCGGGGCAAUGGUAUACAGACAGGGCUGUGUGAGAACUAUUCCACCACUGUCAAGACCUGUGAAGUGCUCUCCUGGUGCCCUCUUGAAAUCGACACUAAACUGCCUGAACCUGCACUGCUGUCUGCUGCAGAGAACUUCACUGUGUUGAUCAAAAACAGCAUAACAUACCCGAAGUUCAACUUUCAAAGAAGAAACAUACUGCCUCACAUUAACUCCUCAUACCUGAAGAGGUGUGAAUUCAAUCGUGCAACAGACCCUGACUGCCCCAUAUUCCGCCUCAAACACAUCGUUUCAGAGGCUGGAGAGGAGUUUCAAGACAUGGCUGUGAAGGGGGGCAUCCUUGGUAUUCUUAUUGACUGGAGCUGUGACCUGGACUGGUGGGCAAAGAAAUGUUACCCCACGUACAGCUUCCGGAGGCUGGACAACAAACAUCCCGUCAAUAACGUGGCUCCUGGUUACAACUUCAGGUUUGCAAAAUUCUACAAGAAACCAGAUGGAGAAGAAACCAGGAUGCUAAUCAAAGCAUAUGGGAUCCGAUUCAACGUCAUUGUAUUUGGAACUUGUGGGGUUCUUGCAGGCAGGAAAAUUUGGAAUUGUACCAACCAUCGUAAACUUGGGUGCAGCUUUGUCUUUUCUCAGUUUGGUGCCUGUGGUUGCUGACUGGUUUAUGUUAACAUGCUCAAGGAAAAAAGAUCUUUACAGCAAAGAGAAAGUUACAUAUCUGACUGAGGGGACAGAAUCAAUGCCGAUGGCCACCUCCUAUGGGACCCAGUAACACAGUCAACAAUAUUUCUCUGCUCAAGAAUGAGCCUGCUAUAAAAACUGACAUAAAAUGACUAUUUUGAUCCUUUAAUAAAGCUGGUUAAAUGUAAA